GUUAUCAAAUUGACGGGCGAGCUUUCCUCACGUCAUUUCAAAAGAUUUGCCAAAGAAUUUUUAUCAAUAAAUUGUAAUUUUUGUUUCAGCAUAUAAUCCGUUUCACAAUGAUGCAACAUCAGUACUGGGUAACAAAAAAGACUGUUCUGAAAAAAUUGGGCACCAAAGAAGACGAGUGUAUUGUUUCCUCGGACGCUGAGCUUGACGCAAAGUUAGAGUUGUUUCGAUCAAUAUCAGAUAGCUGCUUACAUUUACAACGAGUGUUAGAUCAGUAUCAGGAGAGGUUGUGUAUUUUGGCUCAAGAGGAGAAUUCUUUGGGAAAGUUUUUGCGGGAUUCGGGUAAGGGGAACAAUGCGGCAGGGAAGCAUAUGGUGUCGGCGGGGAAGGCGAUAUCGUAUUCGGGUCAGCAGCGUUUAUCAGUGCGGGGGCCUUUGUUGCGGCUUUACCAUGAAGUGGAAACGUUUAGAGGUCGCGCUGUGAGCGAUAUGCGGGCGACGGUAUCUGCUAUGGAGAAGGCUCGCAUUGAAUAUCGCGCAGCGUUGAGUUGGAUGAAGUCUACGAGCGCUCAACUGGAUCCGGAUACCGGCCGCGGGUUGGACAACUUCAGGAAAGCGCAGCGACAAGUGCGCGAAAGCAAGAAACUGUUUGAUAAGCUGACACUUGAUGUUUUGCAGAAGAUAGACCUGCUAGCUGCAGCAAGAUGCAACAUGUUCUCCCAUGUACUGUCCAACUACCAGUCGUCCUUCUUGACGUUUGCCACAAAAGUGGCGCAAACACUGAUAGCCACGGCUGAUACAAUGAAUGCCACUCCUCAGUAUGAGUUCUGCAUUUUGAAAGAACUGUCACAGAACUUAGGGGAAGGUGAACCAAAGCCAGAAGAGGUGAUUCCACAGGAUAAGGAUCAGAUGCUAUUUUUCCAGGAAGAGUACAAAGAUGAAAAUGCCGACAAAACCAAACCAAACAAUGUAGUUAGUAAAGAAGCAGAAAACCAGCCUCUGUCCACUGCAUCCAAAGAAGAACCUUCCACUUCGGUCAACUUGAUUGACACCAGCUGUCUGGAGCCUGAGACUUCAGGAGAAAGUUCAGGCAUUCUGUCAGACUUGGCUGGGUUACGACUGGAUGCUGAUAUGCCAGCUAAUUUUGGAUCUUUUAUGCCUUCACAGUUAUUACAGGACUUGGCUGUUCCAAACUUUAUAGAUGGUCCCAUGACUCCAGUAAGCACCAACAACAACAAGACACCCCAGUCACCACAGCAAGCCCCUACCAAGUCUCCGAAGGUUCCGAAGAAGGAUGACAAAGCCGCCUGGUUCAAACUCUUCGCUGAACUGGAUCCGUUAGCAAACCCGGAUAGUUUGCCUGGUUCCAACACCAAUCAGAGCCAUGCUGCUUAAAUAUACUUAUUAUUAUCAUCAAUAAGGUUCACUUUCACAAGGUAUUUAUUGACCUAAUUUUGUUUCAAUUUAUCAGUAUUUUCUAAAAAGUGAAAUGAAUCAUUAAUCAGUCAGGCUAAUCGAAAUUAGGGCUGGUGGACCUUCUGGUCUGUGUUAAAAAUCCAAAAGCUCAAGAGUGCUGUAUGAUUGUCAUUGUGGUAUUUAAAUACUUCGUAAACUCUUUGUUACAAGCUGUAUAAGAGAACACAAAGUUCAAAGGAGUGCUGAUUGUACAGCAUUGAUUGAUUUGUACAGCAGCUAAACCAUACUGUAUACUGAAUGUGUCGACCUGUUUACAUGCGCAGCACGCCUUAUUAAUUAAAGCACAUUAGUUUGUUAAUGCAGCCCUGAUUCAUGAGUGGCGACCACAAACCGGAAGACGUGUCGUUGGCAGGCCUCCCACUAGGUGGACUAACGAUCUCGUGAAGGUCGAGGGAGGUUCCUGGAUGCGAGCGGCGCAGGACCGGUCUUUGUGGAAAUCCUUGAGGGAGGCCCUUGCCCAGCAAUGGACGUCUUUCGGCUGAAACAAACAAACGAACAGCCCUGAUAAUUUUAUAGCUGUAACCUAUCUGCCUAAAUGAUAACAAUAACGCUCUUAGUUUAGCACCCACUAGUCAUACGCCGCAUCGAAGUGUUGCCUUGUACCAAAUGAAACAGGGAAUCUUGCUGCUCUGCUCAUACUUUUAAAUAACCCAAAAUGAUGGUGUGCUAGCAAAAUUAAGUAAACCAGUCUUUAAAAUAAUCCGAAAAUGUUAUUUUUUUACUGUGUGAGAUUCCCUAUUUCCACACUUUAGAACUCUUAUGGCGCCUAGCUUUACCAACAUGUAUAUUCCCUUACCCCUUAUUUAUAUCAUAUAUUGAUGUAUGUACUUAUAACGCUAGGUUUACAACCUCUGAACCAUCACAUAGGCUAAGUACUUAAUCAAAUACGAACGUAGGUACUAUGCUCAUUAGCUAAAUAUUAUACAUAUUUAACUAUAACUAUAAUAUUGUCAUUUGAUUUUUACAAAAAAAUAUUAUUUACAUGUUUGUUUUUGAGUGUAAGUACCUACAUUAAAUUUAUUAGGUAGGAACAUGUAUUCAUCUUUAUUUUAUAAUGCCUUACCAGUGUAAUCAAAUAUUGUAUUGUAUUUUUU